UUUAUUCGUAGUAAAUUUUGUUUUGCCGAAAGCUCGGUGACUUGACGAAGACCUUUUAUCUUAGCUUAGCGCGGCAGUGUGACAUGAGCUUGACACGCGGAGCAGCUGGUGGCCUUUAAACAGCUGAGCUGACGUUACGGCCGACUCGCGGAGCGUCUCUACUGGUCGUCUGCUGCGGCCCCGCCCCCUUUUGCAUGUUUCCAGGGAGAGCGCUCAAAUCGGUGGGGGUGCGGGAAGCGGUUAGGUGACACUUGACCCACAAAGAAAGGUCCAGACGUUCAGGAAGGAGCAGCACCCCAAAAUUUUGGGGAACAUUGAAGACCUACAUAGAGGAUCCAAAGCAGGAAUUCAACAUCCGGUGGCAUGCCGGACCACGGCGGCGGUCGCGAGCGGGCGCCCCCCCUCGGUCAAGCCAUGCUGCUGGGAACGGCACGGGAAGCCGCGGCACCUUUGAGCGUGUCUGUCGUGGCGCAGGCAGAAAGCGAAGAUUUUCAAGAGUUCAGCCCCACGCACGUGCAGACUUCCCGCUGGCAGCUGCGUCUCCUCAAUACCUUCAGGAAGCAAGACCCAGACGUCGUCACAAGUCAUAAUCUGUCAAAUUCAUCCAACUUUGUAAUGACGUCACGCCACGACGUCAUCCCCCCGCCACGCCAGUUCAAGGACUCGCCGACGUCAUCGGGCGAAGACGCCGAAGACGAGCAAUCGGAGCAAAGCGAGAGCGAAAACGAAGCCACCUCGUCGUCUGCUUUUAGCUCCUCCUCUUCGGCCGAGCUGGAAUACAGCUCCGCCCGUACGCCGAAUGGCAAAGUCGUAUCCCUUUGUCCACUGGCGACUCCCAUCGUCCAGCGCCGCCUGUUGGACUGGAGGACGAACAACAACCAAGGAUUCCUGCUGCACCGUGUCACGAAACUCAAAGCGCUAAAGAUGGCAAUGGCGGGCGGUCCGAGCGGCGCCCCGGACGCCGCCGCUAGUGAUAAACUGUACAGGCGCGGAACGGCGCCCACCGGCAGCGGUCUCACGAUGCGCUGGGUAAGCCCGUGGAGGACUACAGCGGCGGACGAGGAUGAUGACUCGGACGCAGGGGAGGUCGACUCACUAGCCCUGGAGCGGGAAGGCCAGCCCACUUCUCUGCGGCAUGAGCCGGCCUGGGAUUCGGACUCGGAUGUGGACAUCUACGUGGGAGAGGAGGGCGACGACUACGAGAGCGACGACUACGAGGGCGACUGUGAGGGCGAUGAAGACAAAGAAGACGGUUCAAAGCGCUACCUCCAAGCUCUGCUGGAUGUUUUCCCUCUGUUGCGGAGAGGCCGGCAGACAGGUGGCGCUGGCGAGGGCUCGGAAGCGCAGCUGGACGACCUACGAGAAGACGUGGCCCUCCAGCCGGACACAUGGACCCCGGAGCCGCGAGACGACCCUCCCUCCUGCUUCAGCAGCUCCUCACAGGCCUCAUUAAACGACUCUGAGUGUUCGUCGGACGAUGCCAGCUCAGGGGCAUUCUCCUCGUGCGACGCCCGCGUGGAAAAUUGGGCGCCGGCGCCCCCCUCGGACCGCUUUGAAGAAAACGCAACGAAAAUCCGACCGAUGCCGGCGGGAUGUUGCCGGAGCGCCUCCUUCGGUCAGGCGGCAGGCGUGGAUGUUUGGAUUGAGCGCAUUGACGGCGAACGAGUGAAGAUUCGUGAACGUCAGCGGGUGCGAGUUGGACACGUGGCCGUCGGAAUCAGCCAGCAGAUGUCCUCAAGCGCCUUCACUAUGGAAACAUUGGACAGCAAGUCUGUGUCCUUCCGGCGGGAGAUCUGCGAGCCGUUUGUCAAGCUUCGCUGCGUGGCCGCUCCCGACUGGUGCCCGCAAUGGACCUGGCGAGUUCGGGACGGCCAACUCGAAGUCCGCCAGUGACCUCGAGCCGACCUCGUGUUUGGCAGAGGUCGCCAUUUCUGCAGGAGAAAGGCGCUAACUUUCUUAGCUUAAAGUAGCUAGCUAGCCUAGAAUGCAAUGUGGGUUAUUCAAAAGGAACUGUUUUAAAAUAUUUUGCAAUCAUGUAUUUAUUGUAAACUAUGUGUAGACUCUAUGAAUGUAUAUCUUUCCACCCACAAGAGUUAUUGGUAGAAUCUGUGACUGUUGAUAGGACACAAAGUUUCUGUGCUAAAAUGCUAAUACAAGUAGUCCCUGGGAUAUGACGUACCCAACUUACGUGGUUUUGACUUUACACGCCGGAGUGUCGUCCACCAUUUUGUCUCCUGUCAAUUUUUUUAAGUCGCAUAAACAGUAACUUAUUGUAAGUCACAGGAUCUUAUUUUUUAAUUUAUUAAUAUGAUGUGUUCUGUUCUCACUAAACGUGAAAUUGUUCAGCUUUACAGACAGCAAACAAGGCAAUUUUUGCUUUUUGAAGCUUUUUACUUCCUUCACUUUUGACAAUUUGUAUAGCUGUAACACACAUAUGUACACUUAUGUUUAAAACGACACACAUUUUAACUAUA